ACCAUCCAAUGCGCUGUCUCCUUUCGGUGGACGCGUGCCAAAGUAGAAUGUUUAUGUGUACUGUGGACCAAUGGGAAUGAAUUGAAGGGGGCGUGGCGUUCAUUCGGAGGAAAGAGGCAAAAACAAUCUUUUAUCCUCUUGACCGGGCGGCUUCUUGGAUAUCCAGGGUGGUGGGGGUGUUGGAAAACUUUAUGUAGAGUAGAAUAUAUCAUACAAGGAACAUCAAUAGCCUCGAGACAAUCCUGAUAAAUGUAUUUCAUUUCAAUUUGCACUCAAUUCUCUAGAAAGCUGUUUUUCUUUCUUUAGAGCCACCUGUCCUGCCUGAAAUAUGAAUUCCAAACGUGUUGUGGACGCGGUGGGAAUAAGGGUCGGCGGAGCGCCGAAACACGGCGAUUUCAGCUGCCGCGGAGACUUCUCGGUGGUGUGCGACGCGAGUGUCGCCGCGGUUGAGAACGGUCUCCUGCCGGCGGUGUUCACCCGCAAGACCGACAUGGGAUCCGUGCUGUACACACUGGUAGUGGACAGUGGUUCUGUGGCAGAGGGAAGAAAAUCCAAUGGAUUGUCUUCGGGAGGAGAAAUGUUGCAGGGCAUGGAGAAAGUUGCUCUGAGUGGCCCGAAGGACCAAAGAGAAGCCGGUUCCACGGGGAUCCUGAAGAGGGCCAGCCCCACUCACUGCCCAAGCCACUGCCCCACCAUACACAGGCAGCUGCCAGACGGACUCAUGCUCCUGGACAUCAGGAACCCAGGGAAACGGGUGGAACUGGCCAACGGUUUCCACGUGGCGGCUCACGGGCAGAUGGUGACCCCUGCGGAGGGCCAGUCGCUUCCCUCGUCCUACAUCCCUGUCCCCAGGCACAGGCUACAAAAAUGUCAAACAAUGUCGACUCGUCACUCUGUAAAAGAAAAAUGGACACCCUCAAGAAGAGAAGGUGCCAACCAAUGGGUGAAAAUCCACCAUUCUUUUCAAAUCCUCAGUGGAUAGACUUCAUUUUUAUCGUUUCCAGUGGAAGUUUUUCUAUUUUUCCCCAGUGAGAGAACCAGUUACCGUCAUAGAUCGGGCCAUUUUGUUCUAGCUUCUCUUUGCUCUUUGAAAACAAACAGGCAACCAAACUAUUCAUACGACCCAGGAGAGGACAAGCUCAAGGAAGCCAGCCCUCUCUCACCGUCAAAUGGUUUUAUAUUUAGAAGAAGAAGAAGAAGAAGAAGAAGAAGAAGAAGAAGAAGAAGAAGAAGAAGAAGAAGAAGAAGAAGAAGAAGAAGAAGAAGAAGAAGAAGAAGAAGAAGGAAGAGGGAAAAAGUACUUUUCAGGCUGAGUGGAAAAAACAAUCUGUUGGGACCUGGUGCGCUUCUCUGGCUGGCUACGCUGACACGUGACUCCAACGACAGUAGCAGCGAGCCAGUUUAAAUAAGCAGGCAAACUAGCUUAAAGGCUACUCUUUCUUAGGAUCGUGUUUGCUUGACCGACCAAUUAUCAUAAAAGCUAGAAAGAAAGGUCAUUGCGUAGGAUGAACUCCCCCCCUCCUGCUGUACCCUAGCAACCUUGUAGUUUUAUAGCAGGGCACUGAGGGAGGGCGGGAGACGUUGUUGCUAUAGCAACAGCUUUACACGUUGGCGUUGCCCGAAGUUACAGGCAGAUAAUAAACUGGAGAAGUGUGUGUGUGUGUGUGUGUGUGUGUGUGUGUAAACAGGAUGUGCACUGCAUGAAUCAGUGUCUUUUGGAAUCCUCUAAAUAAGUUCUUCACCACAGCAACACUUACAUUGUUUUGUAGUCAAUUUGUUUGGGUAAGUUCCGUGUGUAUAUGUGUGUUGGUGUGGAUGGAUUUGCACACGCGUGGCCUUGUGUGCUUGUGUAGACGUGUGCUGAAAGAUGGAUGUUUUGUGUGCAGGUAAACACCAAAGGGCGUCCUGGUUGGUUUGGACCCGAUGAUCCAUCGAUGUCGAUGAGGAUCGAUGACGCUAUAGAUCAGAGGAGAAACAGGAGAGAGAGAGGACAAGAAGAGAAUAGGGAGAGAAGGUUAUAGGACUAGAGAAGAAAGAGAUAUAGGACAAGAGUAGAAGUACAGAGAGAGAGAGAGAGAGAGAGAGAGAGAGAGAGAGGACAAGAGUAGAAGAAGAGAGAGAGAAGGCAAGAGUUGAAGUGAGAGAGAAGACAAGAGAAGAAGAAGAAGAAGAAGAGAGAGAGACAAGAGGAAAAAAGAUAGGGGACGAGUAGAAGAAGAGAGAGGGAGGACAAGAGUAGAAAGAGGGAGAGAGAGAGAGAGAGAGAGAGAGAGGCCAAGAGUAGAAGGAGACAGAAGACAGAGGUCAACAGAAGAAGAGAGAGAGGACCAAACUAGGAGAAGAGAGACGGAGGACAACUGAAAAAGAGAGAGAGGACAAAAUAAUAACACGAGAGAGUGAGGACAACAGCGGUAGAAGAGAGUGAGACGGUUUUUGUCCCACAACUGAGCAGCUCUUACAGUCCCCGCAAACAUUAAAGAUAAACUUUUUUUUACAAACGUUCAUUUACAAGAGGAUGGCUGCAUCACACAAACCAACAAACAAACA